AUGGAAAAGCGCAUUUUGCUAGAGAAAAGAGGUCGCCCAGACGAUGAGAUCACAGAACUCAUUCUGGACAACUGUCGGAGUACAUACAUCGAUGGUCUCACAGAUAGCUUCACCGCGCUGGAAACGCUGAGCCUCAUCAACGUGGGAUUGGUGUCGCUUAAAAAUUUCCCCAAAUUGUCCAACCUUCGCAAGCUUGAACUUUCGGACAACAGAAUAUCGAACGGUUUGAGCCACCUUAUGGGCAGUCCGAAGCUGACACAUCUGAACUUGUCCGGCAAUCGCAUCAAGGAGUUCGAUGAGCUACAGCCGUUGAAAGAUUUGGAAAAUUUGGAAGUGUUGGACCUGUUCAACAAUCAGGUAACCCUGAUCGAUAACUAUCGCGAAAAACUAUUCCAACUCAUUCCAUCUUUAAACUAUCUCGAUGGAUUCGAUAAAGAGUACGUAGAGGCGCCUUCUGACGAGGAAGAUAUGGCUGAUGAUGGCUACCACCAGCAACAACCGUCACAGUUCUCCAUCAAUGGUAUCGAAAUUGAUCUUGACGAACUGGAGCAGUUUGAGGCGAAGAUACGCCAGAAGCGAUCGAAGGAACAAUCGGGGAUGAAGACAACGGGCGAGAAUAUUGUCGGUGGUCCCAGCGAGCAGGGACAUCUCGAACAAACCUACUCGCAUCCUGCUGCCGCCAGCUGCUCCUCUUCUUCUGCACAGGAUAAUGGCAAAGAUGAUCUAGAUUUGCUGUACGAAGAGAUCCAACACAAACAGGCUCUGGCACGUGCGAAUGAAGAGGAACAGGGCCGCAAAAGGAUGGCUUCAUUUUUGUCGGUAUUGCUAAUGUUUACCACCCUGCUAGCAUUCAUCAAUCAGCUUUGCUUUCCGGGGGUGCAUCAACUGUUAGAAGAUCCUCAAAUAGAGGAAGCCGAUGACGUGGAAGAAGAGUUGGAAGUUAAGGAGAAGCAAGAGGAUGAAUGUUUGUUGGGCAACCCUGACGGUGAUAGCAAUGCAGGGGUGAAAGCGAACGGAGCAACUGCUCCGGAUGAAUGUAACUCGGGUGAUUUGUCCGGGCGAGAAGAAGAGGAAGCAGACGACUCGUGCGAAGAAUCGGAUGAUGUAUCGCUAGCAUACCUGUACAACGACAACCUGGAGGAAGAUCAGGAGGAUUGGAAGAGCGUCGAGAGUGAUUACAACAACGCGGACGAAGAGUUCGACAGUGAGGACGAAGAGGAAGAGGAAGGCGCCGACAAUGAGGCCGAAGAUGGUGCCGACAGUGAUGGGGAAGGUGAAGAUGAGGAUGGCGAGGAGGAAGAAGAUGGUGCGGAUGAUGAUGAGGGUGGUAAUGAGGAAGAUGGUGCCGAAGCAGCCGCAUCAUCGGCCGCAACAGAAGCCGACACAAAAGCCACCGCAGCCACAGAGUCAGCGAAAUCAUCAUCCACAGCAGAGCAAGUUGCAAGUGCCGGUGACGAAGGUGAAGCUGUUACGAAAGCAAGCGAACCGGAAGCAAGGGGUACGAAGAGAAAGUUCCAAGGUACGGACAGCGACGGUUAA